AUGGCCAUCAGAAAAUCAAACAAGCUAACGCAGGGUGCAGUUGUGAAGCAAAUUAUUAAAAGGUGUUCGAGUUUGUGUAAGAAGCACGGUUAUGAUGAUGGAGAUCACCUUCCCAUGGAUGUACCGAAAGGACAUUUUGCAGUUUACGUGGGAGAGAACCGAACUCGAUACAUUGUACCAAUUUCUUUCUUGACUCACCCUGAGUUUCAGUGCCUCCUCCACUGCGCUGACGAAGAAUUCGGCUUCGAUCAUGACAUGGGAAUCACCAUUCCCUGUGAAGAAGUUGUUUUCCGAUCACUAACUUCCAUACUCUGGUAAUAGAAGUAUCUGAUUAAAAGAAGAAAAGAGUGAAUGUUAGUUAAGUGUAAGAUUGUUUAGAAAGAAGAAUGGCUUCAAGCUGAAGCAAAAUCUUUUGCUUCUCUUCUUUCUAACAUCUUCCUUCAGUCCAGUUUUUUUUUUUCUUUUUCCUUUUUUGGGCACUUCCUAGUUUUGUUACCCUCUUCUAACACAAACCUAGGAAUCACAUGACAUCAUUUGUUGUUUUAUGGGUCAGAAUCAGAUUUGUAAAAAGAAUCGGGUAAUUUUUGUUCUUGCAGUACUGGUGCUUUUAUGCACCUUGUAAGAAAGCGUUGUGAAUGUCUCAACUUAUAUGCUAUUUUCGAUACAAAAGUCUCUUGAACUAUUUGCAUUCUUACUGCAUCUUUGUUUUGGCAAAGUCCAACAUAUUUGAACCCUCAUAAAGUACAUUCCAACUACAUCAAGAACAACCCCUUAACAUUUUUAGCAAUUUAGCUUAAUCGACCAGAGUCCUCAAAACCCCACAACCUCAAACCAUUUCUACUAAGCGACAUGAAUCCAUGCGUAGGAGCUCUUUAGGAUCGACAUCUUUAACUCAUCUUGUGACAUAUACAAGGCUAUGUCAAUGCCUUUCUUUAAGCCCUUCUUUAUCUAUUCACCUGAUUUCUCAAUCUAAUUCCACAUACUGUUCCUGACAUUCAUUCGUGAAAGCCAAACAUAAACCCCGCUAUUUAGAGGUCCAACUGGAUUACCCUUUGAGCAGCUGAAUUACCAGUUCAUGAACCUGCUUACUCAAUUCAAAUGCAAAAAGCCCAAUAAACGAGAGAAAUUUGAUUCGUGUAAGGCCACCACCCACAUCUUAGUUUCGGAGCAGCCUGACAGGAGUGCAUUGG